AUGGUACAGGAUCAGCCUCAAACACCUAUCAAACGGGAACGUAAUGAAGAGCACAUCCCUUGCAUUGAUGGAGAGGGAACCUAUCAAAAGACGCUACCAACGCCACCUAAAACACACCCGUCGAAACGAUGGUCUGACGAAUUACCUCCGAAUGAUCGAGUAUUUUAUCAUCAAACGCUGAGUUCUGCUCGUCGCGCUGCACAUUUCGUGAACCAUGGGAGUAUUCCCGUCGAUUCCCUAGACAUCACUCUUGCAGCACAGUACAACCAUUCCGAUGAUCUAUUUCUUGGGAAAAACGAUGUUGUGCUUCAAGAGGAAACGCUCGGUCGGAGCACAUUUCGUCGAUUGCGAAACACGCGCGAUUUGAGUCCAGAGAAAGUUAUACCUCUUAAACAUCCGCUGCUUAUCGGUGGAUUGAAGGAAAAGUCCUCGCCGAACAGCGUGAAGCUCAUGAACACAGGCCCGCACACGCCGCUGACGAAUCCGGGUUAUUCCAGACAAACAGGAGAUGGCAACUUCUUCAAUUACUAG